CGUGGGACGCUUUACGGUGGCCGGGAGGCUGCCGGGUUGUGUCUGCGGGGUCUGGAAGCGCUCCCCGGAGGAGUGGGGAACCUCGUUUCUCUGAUCCAGCUCCCCGAGCGUGGGGCGCUACCCCGGCAGCCGUCACCAUGGUGAAGGAGCAGUUCCGGGAGACGGAUGUGGCCAAGAAAAUAAGCCACAUCUGUUUUGGAAUGAAGUCGCCCGAGGAGAUGCGCCAGCAGGCGCACAUCCAGGUUGUGAGUAAGAACCUGUACAGCCAGGACAACAACCACGCCCCCUUGCUGUACGGGGUGCUUGACCACAGGAUGGGUACCAGUGAGAAGGACCGCCCUUGUGAGACCUGUGGGAAGAACUUGGCUGACUGUCUGGGCCACUACGGGUACAUUGACCUGGAACUGCCUUGUUUCCACGUGGGAUACUUCCGCGCCGUCAUAGGCAUCCUGCAGAUGAUCUGCAAAACCUGCUGCCACAUCAUGCUGUCCCAAGAGGAGAAGAAGCAGUUUCUGGAUUAUCUCAAGAGGCCUGGCCUGACCUACCUCCAGAAGCGAGGGCUGAAGAAGAAAAUCUCUGAUAAAUGCCGGAAGAAAAACAUCUGCCACCACUGUGGCGCUUUCAAUGGUACUGUAAAGAAGUGUGGUUUACUGAAGAUAAUUCAUGAGAAAUACAAGACCAACAAGAAAGUGGUAGAUCCUAUCGUAUCGAAUUUCCUUCAUUCUUUUGAAACGGCCAUCGAGCACAACAAAGAAGUGGAGCCCCUUCUGGGGAGGGCACAGGAAAACUUGAAUCCCUUAGUCGUUCUGAAUUUAUUUAAGCAAAUCCCAGCUGAAGAUGUCCCUCUCCUUCUGAUGAACCCGGAAGCCGGAAAGCCCUCCGAUUUGAUCCUCACGCGACUGUUAGUGCCCCCCUUGUGCAUCAGGCCCUCCGUCGUGAGCGAUUUGAAGUCUGGCACCAACGAAGACGAUCUGACGAUGAAAUUGACAGAGAUCAUUUUCCUAAAUGAUGUCAUUAAAAAGCAUCGGAUAUCAGGAGCCAAGACCCAGAUGAUCAUGGAAGACUGGGACUUCUUACAGCUGCAGUGUGCCCUCUACAUCAACAGCGAGCUCUCGGGCAUCCCCCUUAACAUGGCGCCCAAAAAAUGGACCCGGGGUUUUGUCCAGCGCCUGAAGGGAAAACAGGGUCGAUUUAGAGGCAAUCUCUCAGGAAAGAGGGUGGAUUUUUCUGGCAGAACUGUCAUCUCACCUGACCCCAACCUCCGGAUUGAUGAGGUAGCUGUGCCAGUUCAUGUGGCCAAAAUUCUAACUUUUCCUGAGAAAGUAAACAAAGCAAACAUUAACUUUUUGAGGAAACUGGUUCAAAACGGACCUGAAGUUCACCCAGGAGCCAAUUUCAUUCAGCAGAGACACACGCAGAUGAAAAGGUUUUUGAAAUAUGGAAAUAGGGAAAAGAUGGCUCAGGAGCUCAAGUACGGGGACAUUGUGGAGAGACACCUCAUAGACGGGGACGUGGUGCUGUUCAACCGGCAGCCCUCGCUGCACAAGCUGAGCAUCAUGGCGCACCUGGCCAGGGUCAAGCCCCAUCGGACCUUCAGAUUUAACGAGUGUGUGUGUACACCCUACAAUGCGGAUUUUGAUGGCGAUGAGAUGAACCUUCACCUUCCACAAACAGAAGAAGCAAAAGCAGAGGCCCUUGUUCUAAUGGGGACUAAAGCAAAUCUUGUAACUCCAAGGAACGGGGAACCACUAAUUGCUGCUAUUCAGGACUUUCUAACAGGUGCCUAUCUCCUUACUCUUAAGGACACUUUCUUUGACCGAGCCAAGGCAUGCCAAAUCAUUGCUUCAAUACUGGUGGGCAAAGAUGAGAAAAUUAAAGUUCGUCUCCCGCCUCCUACAAUAUUGAAGCCUGUCACCCUGUGGACAGGAAAGCAAAUCUUCAGUGUCAUCCUCAGACCUAGUGAUGACAAUCCAGUGAGGGCCAACCUUCGAACCAAGGGCAAGCAGUACUGUGGCAAAGGAGAAGACCUCUGUGUCAAUGAUUCCUACGUCACUAUCCAGAACAGUGAGCUGAUGAGUGGCAGCAUGGACAAAGGAACACUGGGAUCAGGAUCCAAGAACAAUAUUUUUUACAUUUUGCUGCGAGACUGGGGACAGAAUGAAGCUGCCGAUGCCAUGUCAAGGCUUGCCAGGCUGGCUCCUGUCUACCUCUCAAACCGUGGAUUCUCAAUUGGGAUUGGUGACGUCACACCUGGUCAAGGACUGCUAAAAGCCAAGUAUGAGUUGCUGAAUGCUGGCUACAAAAAAUGUGACGAGUACAUCGAAGCCCUAAACACGGGCAAGCUGCAGCAGCAGCCUGGCUGCACCGCGGAGGAGACGCUGGAGGCUCUGAUCCUGAAGGAGCUGUCGGUGAUCCGAGACCAUGCGGGCAGCGCCUGCCUCCGGGAGCUGGACAAGAGCAACAGCCCCCUCACCAUGGCUCUGUGCGGCUCCAAAGGUUCCUUCAUUAACAUAUCACAGAUGAUUGCCUGUGUGGGACAGCAAGCCAUCAGUGGCUCCCGAGUGCCAGAUGGCUUUGAAAACAGGUCCUUGCCUCACUUUGAAAAACACUCAAAGCUCCCAGCUGCCAAAGGCUUUGUGGCUAAUAGCUUUUAUUCUGGUUUGACACCAACUGAGUUUUUCUUCCACACAAUGGCUGGCCGGGAAGGUCUAGUCGACACAGCCGUAAAGACAGCUGAAACGGGAUACAUGCAGAGAAGGCUUGUGAAGUCCCUUGAAGACCUUUGUUCACAGUAUGAUUUGACAGUCCGAAGCUCUACGGGAGAUAUCAUACAGUUCAUUUAUGGGGGAGAUGGCUUAGAUCCCGCAGCUAUGGAGGGAAAAGAUGAGCCCUUGGAGUUUAAAAGGGUUCUGGACAACAUCAAAGCAGUCUUCCCGUGUCAGAGCGAGCCUGCGCUCAGUAAGAACGAGCUGGUCCUGAGCACCGAGUCCAUCAUGAAGAAGCACGAGUUCCUCUGCUGCCAGGAGAGCUUCCUGCAGGAAAUAAAGGAAUUCAUUAAGGGGGUUUCUGAGAAGAUCAAGAAAACCAGAGAUAAAUAUGGCAUCAACGACAAUGGCACAACAGAGCCCCGGGUGCUGUACCAGUUGGACCGGAUCACCCCCACCCAAAUAGAAAAGUUUCUGGAGACCUGCAGGGACAAGUACAUGAGGGCACAGAUGGAGCCUGGUUCUGCGGUAGGUGCCCUCUGUGCCCAGAGCAUCGGGGAGCCGGGCACCCAGAUGACCCUGAAGACUUUCCACUUUGCAGGCGUGGCCUCCAUGAACAUCACCCUGGGUGUGCCCCGCAUCAAAGAGAUCAUCAAUGCUUCCAAGGCCAUCAGCACUCCAAUCAUCACGGCUCAGCUAGACAAGGAUGACGAUGCAGAUUAUGCUCGCCUCGUGAAAGGGAGAAUUGAGAAAACUCUCUUGGGAGAGAUUUCAGAGUACAUCGAAGAGGUGUUCCUCCCCGACGACUGCUUUAUCCUGGUCAAGCUCUCCCUGGAGCGGAUCAGACUCCUGAGGCUGGAAGUGAACGCGGAGACGGUGCGGUACUCCAUCUGCAUGUCCAAGCUCCGAGUGAAGCCGGGCGACGUGGCCGUUCACGGCGAGGCCGUGGUGUGUGUCACCCCCCGUGAGAACAGCAAGAGCUCCAUGUACUACGUGCUGCAGUUCCUGAAGGAGGACCUCCCCAAGGUGGUGGUGCAGGGCAUCCCAGAAGUGUCCAGAGCUGUCAUCCACAUCGACGAGCAGAGUGGGAAGGAGAAGUACAAGCUCCUGGUGGAGGGUGAUAACCUCCGGGCAGUCAUGGCCACUCACGGCGUGAAGGGCACCCGAACCACCUCCAAUAACACGUAUGAGGUGGAGAAAACGCUGGGCAUCGAAGCUGCCCGGACAACGAUCAUCAACGAGAUCCAGUACACGAUGGUCAACCACGGCAUGAGCAUCGACCGGAGGCACGUGAUGCUGCUCUCCGACCUCAUGACCUACAAGGGCGAAGUCCUGGGCAUCACCAGGUUCGGCCUGGCCAAGAUGAAGGAGAGCGUGCUGAUGCUGGCCUCCUUCGAGAAGACGGCGGACCACCUCUUCGACGCCGCCUACUUUGGGCAGAAGGACUCCGUGUGCGGGGUGUCCGAAUGCAUCAUCAUGGGGAUCCCCAUGAACAUUGGAACCGGGCUCUUCAAGCUGCUCCACAAGGCCAACAGGGACCCGAGCCCUCCCAGGAGGCCCCUGAUCUUCGACACAAAGGAAUUCCACAUCCCUCUGGUCACAUAGCCCCGGGGAGAGGGGACCAGAGGCUGCCUCGGCGCUGUGCUCCUUGGGACAGGCCCUGCUGUCCCCACCAGGCCAGCAGCCAGGGCAGGCCCCCAGUGACCCUGACCACCCACAGUGCUUGGCUGGGACAGCUGAGGCUUCUCCACACCUGCCGCCCCCUCUACCUCUGACACCAGGAGGCCCCGCUAGGAGUCCUCACUCAUCCCCCCGUCACCAGGAUCGAGGGGCCCGAGCCCACGGCCAGGGCACCGUCCCAGGUUCUCCACCCCUUGGUCCUGCCUGACUCUGUGUAAUGUAUUUGUGUAAAUAUUGUUACUAUUAUUUAUUUGGUCAGUUUGAAAAAGUUGGUGUUUUUGUUAUUUGAUUUUACUUUUGAAACUCAGAAGCUUAGAAACCAAGAAAGCCAGCCCUGAAGCGUCUGGAAAAACUGGCUGAGCCGACGAGCCUGUCUGGGAUUGGAAAGUGAGCCGAGCCGCCCUGAGGCCCCAGCUGCUCUGAAACGCUCUCUCAUGUCCUGGCUACCCCGUUGCUUCGUCUGCCUCCAGCUCCUUCAGGUUGUGGCACUGCCUUGUCACUCUGCCUGUGACAGAGUCGGGGGCCUAUUCUUCAAGGCCCACGGAGGCCUUGCUGGCGUUUGGGCCUGCUGGGGUGGGAUUGCCGGUGUUCGUGGAGGUGAUGAGUGAAGCUGGCCCAGCUGCCAGCACUACCUGGGUGGCCUCCCACCCUCCUGAAUAAUCGCCUGUGUGCGCAGGGGACGGGUGCAGAACUGGUGGCCUGAGAAGUGCCCCAGGGCAGUGGCAGCAGGUGCCAGCUGUAAGGGGUGAAAGGGUCACCCAAACAGGAGGUGGGGUCAGCUGGAGCUGGAGACUUGCCCCAUUUGGCAACAGCAGACUCCUCGAAGAGUAAAUACUGUGACAAUAGGAUGCACAUGCCAGGCCAUCUUCUGCUGGUGACUGUACCCUCCCUGGCGUGGUUUCCCGGCCUCUGGAGUAUAGGGUGGCGGGAGGGAACACCAGCAGCACCCACUUGCCUCUGUGUGGCACCUGCUUAAAAUGGGGGAGGAAAGAUGGCGGCAACAGUGUGUUUUUGUGAGUAACAAAGACGCAUUGCCAGGAGCCCCGGCCACCUGGGAGCGCUCAUGGGACGGGAUUGAGGUGGAUGCAGAUGGAUUGGGAUCAGCAUGUGUCUCCGGAUAGAAGGGUCCUGUGAGGGAGCUCACCACUCAGUGAGAAGUGAGGGUCCUGUAGGCACUGGUUCUCAGGUCCUGCCGGCUGCUGGGUCCACAGGCACACCAAUGUUGGCUGGGAACUGUGUGCUCCCUGCUGUGUGUGCCAUGGGGGGUGGUGAAAUUGUCCCUAAUGGAAUCAUCUCCCUGCCCUGGACUUAAUAGUGAGCACAGAGCUUGAAGACCAGAUUGCCCUGUGUUCUCCAGAGUGAGAUCCAUAGGUUAGGGUUUACUCUGGGCCUGUUUGGAAGAAAUAAGAAAAACGUUUAUAUUCUGUCUCAGCCAUUCACACAUACAUGUUCCUGCCUCCUCAUCUGUCUAGCAGUUUGCCCUUUUUUAUCUUUUACAAAGGAUUAAAAUAGCUAUUGCCUCCGUUACAACCCCUGCUGUGUUCAGCACUUUGAGAAGGAGAAACAUCCGAGUUUCACUGUGUCAGUUAAAUUAUGGUGUGUUUCCACUUCAGGGUUUAUCUGUGUGCAUUCACACUGAUUCAUGUCUGAUUGAACCUGACACUGUAUAAUGAUUUUUCAUAAAUUUUUGCUCUCUCUUGGCAGAA